UCUCAUUGGGCAUGGAGAUAGUGCUAGCCUGAGAAAUAUUUCCGUCCCGGGAGGAUAUUGUUUCCUUAGGGAUCCUCUUAGAUCCCAGCACUACGAGAUAAAUUUCUUUGCAAAAGACUUGAAGCUGCAAUGUCCUGUGCACGGCUUUCUUGGAAGUAAGGCCCAUAGAGGCCAGACGUCUCCCAGGACACUGAGUUAGGACCGAGGUUUAAUGGUGUAUUCCUAUACAUAUCUACUGAGAAGUAAACCCUCUUAAGCUACCAGGAACAUGUAUUAUUGAUAAUGGCUGUAUCUAGCUUGAUCCGAACCUUUGGGUCCCUUCUGCUGUCUUCAAGCCCUCGCUUCUUGCAGAUACCUGUGACUCCCAAGCCCAUCUGUCUUGUUGGCCAGCUCCAUGCAUACCGCGAAAUCAACACUUCUGCUGUUGUGUCUACUUGCAAUCCGCUGUGGAAAUGCAGGAUCAAGUAUACCACCAGGCCCAUUGGCAUGAAAAAGACAGGCGGACGAGAUCACACAGGUCGUAUCCGGGUGCAUGGAAUUGGAGGAGGGCAUAAGCAGCGCUACCGCAUGAUUGAUUUCCGAAGGCUGAAUUAUCAAGCCGGAGCAGAGACUGGUCCCUUCGAGGAGAAAGUGAUUCAGGUCCGGUAUGACCCAUGUAGAUCAGCUGACAUAGCUCUUGUGGCUGGACAGAAGCGGAAACGAUGGAUCAUUGCAACAGAAAACAUGAAGACUGGUGACAUCCUCAAAACUUCAGGUCAUAUUGGCAGGAUGGCAGUCUCUGCUAAUGAAGGAGAUGCCUAUCCAGUUGGGGCUCUACCAGUAGGGACCCUGAUCAACAACUUGGAGAGCCAUCCUGGGAAAGGAGCACAGUACAUUCGAGCAGCAGGCACCUGCGGUGUGAUACUAAAGAAAAUGAACAAAACAGUCGUAAUACAGUUGCCAUCCAAGAGGCAAAUGCAGGUGCUGGAGACUUGCAUAGCUACAGUGGGCCGAGUUUCUAAUGUUGACCAUAACAAGCGGAUAAUUGGGAAAGCUGGACGGAACCGGUGGUUAGGAAAGCGGCCCAGGAGUGGCCUGUGGCAACGCAAAGGGGGCUGGGCGGGCCGCAAGAUCAGACCCCUCCCACCCAUGAAGAGCUAUGUGAACCUGCCAAUAGCAUCUGCACAUAGUUGAUGUCCGGACCCUCAUUAUCAGCAGCUCUUUAUGAUUUUGUCAAUUAAACCUAUUCUCUUCGACAUACAAA